AUGGUGACUAGCGCCCUGCGCGUGUUUGGGCUGGCCAGCUGCUGCGCGCUCGCACUGCUGCUGGGCGCCGUGCCGCGCGCGACGGGCUUCUCCGUCACGCCCGGUGGGACGAUGGGAUACGGCACCGUCAAGCACACGGCCGGGCGCACGGCCUCCGCGCGGCGCCGCGCGGCGGCCGUCGCAGCGGGCCGCCACCCCACCCCCGGCCGGCGCGGCCCGCGCCGCGCCCGCGCGCACGCGCACGUGGUGGACCAGGCCACGGGCAAGCCCAUGGCCAGCGAAGUGCGCACCAGCACGGGGACGUUCUUCCAGCGCGGGGACGAUGACGUCAUCAGGCGCAUCGAGGAGCGCGUGGCCGCGGUCACCAUGAUACCGGUGGAGAACCAGGAGGGGCUGCAAAUGCUGCGGUACAGGGACGGGCAGAAGUAUGAGCCCCAUGCCGACUUCUUCCGGGAGAAGUACAACCAGGACGACAUUCAUGGGGGCCAGCGCAUCAUCACUGUGCUGAUGUACCUGUCAACCCCUGAGUGGGGGGGCGAGACCAUCUUCCCCAACGCGGAGUUUGCGAGCUCAGGGGAUGACCUGUCAGAGUGUGCCAAGAAGGGGCCCUCCACCCUGGCCAACAAGCCCUACAAGGGGGAUGCCCUCAUGUUCUACUCCCUCACACCAGACGGCGUGGAGGACGAGAUGAGCAUCCACGGCAGCUGCCCCACGCUCAAGGGGGAGAAGUGGAGUGCCACCAAGUGGAUCCACGUCAACGCGUACGGGGGCACCGCCGCGGAGCAGAAGGCCGGCUGGGGCGACUGCGUCGACGCGAACGAGGACUGCGGGGCGUGGGCAAAGUCCGGGGAGUGCAAGAACAACCCGGGCUACAUGCUGGUCAGCUGCCGCAAGGCGUGCGGCGCGUGCAAGCCGAAAAAGGGGACGCCCGUUAUCGACGUCGGCGCCAAGACGUGA